UGGUCCUCCCCGUUUUACGUUGGAGCCCAAGGCACUGCUAGAGGUUGCGCGGAAUGGUUCCGGUUUACGUUUCGUGUCCUUGUACACUUAUUAAAAGAGCUCUCUUUCGCUGUCAAAAGGUACCAGAGACACGUUUUCCAACUUCUCUUGAUAAGACUGAGAAAUUCAGCAGUAGUACUUCCUGAAACCAUCAAGAAGAAAAAUGUCAGUGACACUGCAUACAGAUGUAGGUGAUAUUAAAAUAGAAGUUUUCUGUGAGAGGACACCCAAAACUUGUGAGAAUUUUUUGGCUCUUUGUGCCAGUAAUUACUACAAUGGCUGUAUAUUUCAUAGAAAUAUCAAGGGUUUCAUGGUUCAAACAGGAGAUCCGACAGGUACCGGAAGAGGAGGUAACAGUGUCUGGGGCAAGAAGUUUGAGGAUGAAUAUAGUGAAUAUCUGAAGCACAAUGUUAGAGGUGUUGUAUCUAUGGCUAAUAACGGCCCAAACACCAAUGGAUCUCAGUUCUUCAUCACCUAUGGCAAGCAGCCACAUUUGGACAUGAAAUACACAGUAUUUGGAAAGGUGAUAGAUGGUCUGGAGACUCUGGAUGAAUUGGAGAAGUUACCAGUAAAUGAGAAGACCUAUCGACCUCUUAACGAUGUACACAUUAAGGACAUAACAAUACAUGCCAAUCCAUUUGCACAAUAGCUAUAAUAGAUCUGGAAAAAUAUUUGGCAGACUAUUCAAGGAACACACCUAUUGUGGUUUACCCGGUUUUAAUUAUGUAGAAAGAUUACAUCAUCUGCCUGCCUGUUUAUAGCUAAGAUCUUCUAAGAGUUGGUGGUACCAUGAGGGCCCAAACAGCUUUCAUUUCCAUUAUUACAGCAUAUUUUUUACUAUAACUAUUAUCUAAUGUAUUUAAGUUCAAUUUUUUAAAAAACUCUUCUACUUGUAAUUUUUUGUUAUACAUAAACAUUCAUAUAUAAACAGCAUUUUUGAGCACUCUGA